CUUAAUAGAUGAACCCUCAUUCAGCUGGUGUAUGCGGGCAUUUGACAUUCUAUGAUUCGUUUAAAGUCCUUAAAUGUCACGAGCUUGAAGACAAACAUAAUUGAUUGAAUCUGAAAUUCAUCCCUACUGAUGUGAUUGCAUGCGGAAAAGUUGCACAAAGUAGCAAAACAAAUCGAUAGAAAAGUGCAGUUGAUGAACUCUCUUCUCGAGCAGGAAAUGAGAUUGUGGCACCGAGGGAAUACGAAAGAUACAAGAAAAUAAGAAAUGGAAGAGAAAGCUUCGUUUUAUUUGAUGUGUUAGUGCGUGCGUGCGUGCGUGCGUGAACCACGUACAAGUCGGCGCGGAUGGCUCUGCGCAGUCGUUCUGUGAUUACGGAAAAGAGAUGUGUUCAGUGUUAGGUCGACCUGGGCGACAGUUGGCCAGCCUUCGUCAUCGAAGAGAGAGUGUUAACCGCCUGCAACUGUUUGUUGAUUGCUUCACAUUUUUUUUUUUUUGAAAAGAACGAUCUGGUCCGUCAUUCGCUGCGGCCUACAUCGAGUGUUGAUCUAGUUUGUGUACACGGCCAUCGUCCUCAAUUGCAAAAAUAUGGCCUUAACGUACGACUAGCGUUUGAGGCAACAGGUUGCUUUUGGAACGAUUGUUUCUUUUCGGCAACACGUGCGGUGCUUUCGAUUCUCUCCAAAUGCCGCGAGAACAGCAGCUGGAUCGUGUGGGAGGGGGCGGAGUGAGUCGGCAAAACAGACGGCCACCACUAAUCAAGAAUGCUGGAUGCUGUUUAAUGCUAGAUCCACACUACAGCAAUAGCAGCAUGUAUCUGGGUGAUGAGGGCACCUAUGUCUGUAAAGCAUUCAGUCCUCGAUCUUACGUCAUUCAAAAGGUUGGACCCUCUUCAACGUCACCUCCACCACUUUUAUCGGCAGUACCUUCGCUAAAUCCCGACGCCGUCGUUUUUGAAAGCAAUCAUCUGACCAGACAAAUAACUGACACGGACAGUAUUGUCAUUGACCGCCCGACUGCAGUAACCCACUCCUCAGGAAAAGAAAAUACAUUGGUGAAUGGGGAAGCAGUCAUGCCUGCACCAGUGGCUCUCUCCGUGGAACCUUUGCCUGCUGUAGACUCACCGGACAUGCUGAGCCCGAGCCCAGUGACUGUGUCUGUUGUACAAGACACCACCAAGACAAUGAUGAAUGGUGACCAGCUGCAAUCCAAAGAAGGGGAGAGUGGUUCUUUCCAGAAUGAAUCAGUAGUGGUUACAAGUGAGAUUGUGAACAAUCCUUCUGCAAUGUCUCCCAUCGGGGAUGUUCCAGUCGACAGGCUUAAGCAUGCUUUAGCUGUGCAACUAGAAUAUUAUUUUUCAAGGGAGAACCUCGCUAAUGAUGCCUAUCUGGUGUCUCAAAUGGAUGGGGACCAAUAUGUUCCUAUCUGGACUGUGGCUAACUUCAAUCAGAUCAAGAAAUUGACGACUGAUAUUAAGCUCAUCACUGAAGUGUUGAAGGAAUCGCCAAACGUCCAGGUGGACGACGACGAGUUGCGCGUGCGACCCAGCCACAAGCGAUGUAUCGUGAUUCUUCGAGAGAUUGAUGGUUCCACGCCGGUCGAAGAAGUCCGUGCGAUUUUCGCUGACGAGUCUCUGCCAAAGAUACUCUCUUGCGAGUUUGCUCACAAUAACGUCUGGUACAUCACCUUUGAAUCGGACGACGACGCGCAACGGGCUUAUCAUUAUGUCCGAGACAACGUCAAAGAAUACAAGGGCCGUCCAAUCAAUGCGCGCAUAAAGGCUAAGCCGGCGAUGAAUCGCUUUUUCGGCUUGCCAGGUGGAGUGAAUAAUGGUCUGCCUGGCGUACCACCCGGCAUGAGCAUUGUUCCACCGGCCGUUCCUCUCCCUGUCCCGGUGAUCCUGGCACCAGGAGCCCCAUUACCGGUGGCCGUCGCACCAGUGCCUCCCGCCGCCGUCCCAUUGGUUGCUGCAGCCGGGACGGCUCCGGCGCUCAAGAACGGAUAUCCAAAUGUUGCCUCUUCGGUAGCAAGUGGAACUCCUCCUCCGCACGAAGGCGUGGUUGCUGUUAAUACUUCUUCGACUAAUCAACCUCAACAGCAGCAACAACAACAGCAGCAGCCACAUAUGCAGCCGCAUCAUCAACAACAGCCAAGAUUUCUCUAUGCAGCACCUCCCGCUCCUGGGUCACCGUAUGGAGCACAACCUCAGCUUCAAUUAUACGCUUUCCAUCAUCCCAGUUCGUUUUACACGCCGACUGUCCUACAGGCAUGGCCUUCGACGACCGCCGCCGGUACUUCGCUGUUUGAUUUGGCACCGGUGUUCGCUAUGAAUGGUCUGUCGCCUCAAGCAACGUUUAAACCGUCACCCAAUCCCCGCUACCCAGGUAACAUUGGCGGCCGCGGACGGGGUGCUCAUCGUCGAAAUUUAUCGACACAUUCUAAUGCGAAUAACCAAAACGAAACGAGCGUUUCGGCGCAUUCUCCUGGAAUCAGCCAUCAGCAACAAUCUGGCGGCUUGAACGCUUCUGCUAGUGGCAAUGCCGGCAGCACUGCGAACGGCGUUUCUAUGAGUAACGGGCCAUCCGCUGCGCCCCUUCCGUCCAAAAACAGUAGCUCCCCUCAAGCGGGGACAAAUGUUUCGUCUUCUUCACCGGCCACUAGCAACACUGGCGGCAGUGGACGUGAUAAUAAGGAAGCGAGCGCUGUAAGCGGCACUAGUCAUCAUCCGGUUCAGAAGCAGGCUACUGAUGGCGCUCCAGCUGCUGGAGGAGCGGGUUACAAUUCUGCUUCCGGCGAAGAGAGGCGACAUCAUCACGAAGCCAACAACGAACGAGGUAUUGGAGCAGAACGGGGUGAUAGACAGCAGUACGGAUUUGGUGGCAGAGGCCGUGGUCGACCUAGAGGUGAUAGAGGGAAUAGAGGAGGCGGAUAUUCGUCCUAUUAUCGCGGUGCAUCAAAUGGCCCUUACCGUGGGGGUGGCAGCGGAGGUGGUGGUGGAGAUCGUGAACGACAGGAUCGUGACUCGCGGCACGGUAGCUUCGGCUCCUCUGUUGGUAGUGGUGGGGGAAGUUACCAGUCGCGUGUUAACGGCCCUCAUCAGCAUCACCAUCAUGGCAAUGGUAACAGCAGCACGACUAGCCCUGCGCCCGAUUUCGACCUUCAGGCAGUUUCAUCGUUCCCGCCAUUACCUGGACUGGAAGCUGGAGCUCCUAGUGGAGCCGCUCUCACUGUCUCAAGCAACAUUGCCGGUGGUAAUGUAGUAAACUCUGAAGCAACGCCCAAAACAGAGGAGAUCAGUACAUCGGAAUGUGUAGCUCAUUUAGGAGCAGUUAAUAGUGGCGGAGCAAGUGGAGCUUGGGGUGAGAGUAAACUGUCAGAUGUAGUGAAAGGUGUGGCCAAACCGAAAAGUGGCUCAAAUAACGGGCAUGGUCCAAAACAUCUAUUGAGUGGCCCCGCUUUGGUUCCGAGCGGAGGACACAACAGCAACGCAGCGGCCAGUAGUUCUGCAGCUUCCGUGAUAACGCCAUCGGGUGGCAUGAUGGGUGCAACCAAGGCAACAUCAGUCGAGAGUCAGACAUCUCCAUUGCCCAACGGUGAUCUCGCACAGUCCACUCUUGCCCUUACACCGCCUACGUCGCCCGGGAAGAAAGAUAAGCCAUUUUCGGGUUCUGCUGUCCAACAAGCCAAUACUUCAAAACCGGCCAAAGCGCAAACGUCCACUCAACAAUCGCUCACACACCACCAUCAACAACCCACUGCAACUGGAACUCCUCCCUCUGAUGUAGCGCCGGUUAAAGCAAUUGUCGCUCCUGUUCAUCCGCCCGGCGUUUCGUACGCUAAAAUGGCCGAACAGAACAAGGAUCGAUUGGAACAAAUGGCACGCGAAGUCAAGGAGCGCGAGCUAGAACAAGAACGUGAGAGGAGGAGGGUAGCCCAAACGAAAUUGGCAGCUAAUCAGGGUAAAACUGGUGCACGGCCGGGUGGGCCUGGUCAAACACCCGGUAAUGUAGCCCCGUCAACUAAUUCGACAAGCCAAGGACCAGCAGCUGUCCAGCAGCAGCAUCAACACCAAUAUCGCAACGAUAGGCGUAAAGACAAGCAGGCUCACCAUGUCAAUGCAAACAUGGGCAGCGAUAUUGAGGUUGGUGGUUCACGUGACCGUUCCAAAUCACCUUGAAAGUCUGUUUCAGAAAUGAUGAGCGGAAAGGAAUAGGAGCGAUGGGUGGACAGAAUUUCAUGUUAAAUUUUCUGGCUACCACGUAACAGCAACAAUAUUGUUUUGGUUUUUUCCCCCCGUCUCUCCUGUCUUUUCCGAAGUGGUGUUGUCGUGGGCAAACAAGAUUGAAACAAAAGAGGCCAGCAAAGCUGUGCUGGGUUCCAUUGUGUAUCAAUGCCUCUCCGUCAUCAUUAGAAUUAAUACCACCGCCGACGAACUUACCCGGUAGUUCCGUUUAGGAUUUAACCUAAUUUUGUUUUUCUUCGAACGUCGAUCUUUGCAUAUACAAUCGUGAUUUACAUCCGAUUGUCUAUCGACAUAAAGGAACGAACCAUUUAAAAAUUUGCUCCAUUUUCCCAAUCUACUACCACAUCUUCGCACGUAGAGAGAAUUUUUGUUUCUCGGGAAAAGGAGGGCUUGAAAUCGUUCAAUCGGUUGCUCAUCUCGCCAACGGGUGUGGAAUGUGUUGCAAGAUUCUUCUUCCCGCAUAAACACACCUAACGCCACACGGAUAAAUAUGUUUUCUGACCUUUGUGUAAUUUUUGUUUCUAAUUAUCUUUGCUGCCCCAUUCAUUGACUUGGACCUUGUUGGAAAUUCGUGGAAAACAUUAGCGCGUCUUGUGGUGUAGUUUUAAAAAAAAAGUCAAAGCCAAUAGCAGGAGAGUGGGGAAAACGUAACACACACAAAAAAAGAAGUUAUUUGUUUUUCAGGGUGGGAAAAAUAGUGUGAUGCAAACAUGAUUACGUUAAAGAGAGGGAGGGAACAAAAGAUGUUAAUUAGUCGUCUGUUGAUGCUUCAAAAUUUGUAGGAUAGUGGCGAUAAAAUUCUGGCAGAUAAAACGAAUUAUUUCAGAGCGAGAAACAAAAGAAAAAUAGCAAACACGUUGUUGAAUAGUCGAUUAUGAUUCUCUUACGAAAAACAAAAAAAAAAAAAAAAAAGCAAAAACAAAAUUUUUUCUCCAUUGUAGUCUUUGUCGUAGGUGUUGGAUAAUAACGUUCUCUUCAUAACCGGCACCCCUUCGCUGGCCAAUUCGUUUUGUUCUCCAGAUGAUAAUUCUGUCUCUCGAUUUUCCUUGGUAUAUUUUCUGCCGCCACUUCUCCUGCUCCUCCUUGCCCACCUCGCCUUUAUUUGUCAUUGAAGGAAUUCGGAAGAAGUGUAGGUAGUGUGACGAAGCUAGGUAAUGAAGACGGGUGCUAAUGUUUUUCUCUUCUUCAUUGUUCGGUUUACCACAGCGGCUGCGCCAACAAUUUAUUAUUUUCAUUAAUUCUACCCCGCCAUUUCCUUCUUUCCAGCUAUGCUUUUUUUGUGUUUCAUUUUCGAUUUUCCGAAAUGAAAUCAUUUCUUUCCAACAACACCGCCCGUGACGGUUCGUUUCUCUUUCAAAUUCCCCCUUACUAGCCGUUUAGUGAACGGGAAGACAUUUCCUCGCUUUUUUUGGGGUUUUUGUUUUUUGCUCUUCCCAAACCACCAGCCUAAAAAGAUUUAAAUAGUGUGUUCCAGUCAACGAGUAUGAGGAAUUAAUUUUUUUUUUCUUUUUCACUGGGGUUGUGUCCACUAGC